AUGACGUGGCCUGUGAUCCCGUGGCCCGGUUUCCAGUACACAUAUCCCGGUAUCGAAUGUCGCUAUGCCACAGACCACUAUUGGCCCACUAUCCUCACGGGUGUGAGCCAGAACGGGCAGUUCAACGAUUGCCUGAGGUGCACCAUCGACGGCUCUCUCAACUGCAAAGUGGGCGUGCAGAAUAGUCAUCUGCGCACACGAAAGGGAAAGUCUAGGGCACGUCUUCUCUUCUUCUAUCUAACCUUGGCUACAGACCAACCCUUCAACGAAUCGAGGUUGACCGAGCCUGUCGAGGAGAUUGAUCUGGUGAAGGCCAAGGAGAAGAUUGCCCAGGCGUAUCGUGAGCGGCAGUACACAAGGCGCCGCGUCGGUCGUUGA